AUGCCGGCCGCUGUCACAUCCGAUCGGCAUCAGAUGCCUGGGGUAAUCGCGUUUGCCGAGCUGCUCGACGACCUCUUGGCUCGCUCAAUGGAAGUCAAAUCUACCCCCACGAUCGAGCCCGCAUUACAGAAGAUAGACUUCGGCGAUCUGGACGAUCAACUUGCACGCGUUCUCACGACACCAGAGCAGCAAAAUGGAACCGAAAUCGCGACACAGAACAAGGCUCAGCAGUUUGCAACCAUUGAGACUGCAGUGCGGAACAUGUUCAGCAACUUGAUUGCCACCACAUCCAUCGAGUCCCCGGAUUUCGUCAAGGUCUGGAACCUGUUCGACCUCCUCACCAUCCUCUCCGAUGACGAAAAGUGCGACCCGGCCCUCCUUUUUUGGCUGGUGGAAGAGCUCUUAGACAGCCAGACAAUCGCUGGAUGCCGCAAGAUUUUCGAUUUCCUCGAAUCAAGACGCGAAAGAAUAACCGUUAAGCACUUUAAGCAAAAGCAGUUGGUCAUUCUGCGCAGUUGUAACGAACUGCUGCGACGCCUGUCUCGUGCUGAGGAUACGGCGUUUUGCGGUCGGGUUUUCAUCUUCAUGUUUCAGAGCUUUCCCUUGGGUGACAAGAGCUCUGUCAACUUGCGAGGAGAAUACCACGUCGAGAACGUCACCGUAUUCGACGACACAGGCGUCAAGACAGACGAAUCGACAGAGCAGAUGGAUAUAGACAGCCAGAAUGGUGUCAAAGACGGCGAAGUGAAGUCUCAGGCAAAGGCCGUUUCAUUCGAUGCGAAGCAACCGACACAGCCUGAUCAACCGCUUAACCCUGAUGCACUGUAUCCUCAGUUUUGGUCACUCCAGGAGACUUUUAGUCAGCCCAAGAAGCUAUUCGAUCCUUCCCACUUGGCGAACUUCAAACGUGGGCUUGAAGCAACCAUGACUUCUUUCCGGGCCAUACAGAACGAACAAGGUCAGAGACCACCCAAAGCAGUUGAUGAGGCACAGAGAGGUCUAAAGAGGAAACGAGACGAUGUGGAAGGAAGUGACCUGGCAAAUUCCUACAAUCCCAAAUACCUCACCAGCCGGGAUCUCUUUGAGCUUGAAAUGAGCGACAUUUCCUUCCGCAGACACAUACUUGUUCAAGCCUUGAUCAUCAUGGACUUCCUUCUCUCUUUAUCAAACAAGACGAAAGAAAAACUGGCUGGCAAUGCCCAGAACAAAUCGGUCAUCUACCUUGGCCAGGUUCUGAGCGAAGAAGACGUAUGUAAUCACUUCGAAUCUGCUGGGUUACAAACAGCGAGGCUAACAGAUGAUAAGACCAAGUGGGCUUCGGAGAUGAAAAGGACGAUUGUUGAUAAAUACCUCAAGCAUGGCGUCGAUGGCCCGUACUUCAGCCGCAUGGUUGAGACGGUCCUCGCCAGGGACAAGAAUUGGAUCCGUUGGAAAUCCGAGAACUGUCCGUCGAUCGAGUUGCCGGCAGUGUCUCCUGAUUUGUUCGUCGAGGCCAAAAAGGUUGCUCAACGUACGACAACGAAGAAGCGUCUGAGGGCCAUGCCGAUGGGCUCACUGCCACUUGGCUUCUUGGAAGACGGCGGUGACGAAACUGCGAUGCAGAAGCUCAAGGCCGAGGAAAGAUACAGUCUGCCAGAGCUUGAAAUCUUUAAACGGAAGAUUGCGGAUGACGACUUCGAGAUUGAUAUGCCGACAACCAACCAAACCAAGACCGCCGCGAUUGAGAGCAAAGCCAGCAAAAGUUGGCGAGCCCUCCGGAUAGCGAGCAAAUCAAGGUUGGCCCUCUUUGACAAGAUAGACGACCCAGAAAAGAUCGACGCCGUGUUUGAAGAGCCGGUUGAUGUUGACGAAGGUGAGGCUGCUGCGGAGGAAGAGGUAAACAAUGACAAUGUCCCCGAGGACAAGCGGCCAAUCAUCAUAUCAGGACCGCCCGGGGCCGGCAAAGCGACUAUAUUCGGUCUUCUCGCAGAGCGGCGUCCAGGCGCGUUCACGCGUGUGCCUCGGCAUACCACAAGAAAGCCGCAAGAGGGUGAAGUCGAGGGCAAGGACUUCUAUUUCGUCGAACCGCAAGCUUUCAAUAUGUUGAGGGACGGCGAUGCGUUGUUGGAAUUCACGACUAUCGACAAGGUAGACUACGGCACGAGUCGCAAGGCCGUGGAGGCGGCUGUCGAGGGUGGGAAGGUCCCAAUCAUGUAUAUGGACGGCGAGGCUAUUCAACAAGCACGGGAACUUGGCUAUUCGGCACGAACCAUCCUCGUUUUGCCACCGAGUCUCGACAUACUGGAGGAGCGUCUCAGGAAGGCAGAGAAGGACGACGAUGCCGUGCAGGAGGCUCUCGCCCAAGCAGCUCCUUAUUUUGAGGCCGAUUCGAAGCUGAAAGAGGAAUUCGAUGUACUUCUUACCAAUCAAGAGCUGGAUGCUACCUUCAAGGCUUUUGAGGGACACGUAUACGGCACUUCCGAGGCGACACUCACAAAUGGCAAGCUGGAAGACGAGACGAUGGAGGAAGCAGAUGAGACCAUGGUUGAUGUGGCGAGCGAGGAACUACAGGCUUCACAGGCACCGCAGGCGUCGCAGGAAGCCCAAGAACCGCAGGAAAGUAAGGAGAACGAAGUGAUUGCGGAAUCCACGGAGCCUAUGGAAGUAACACAGACCGAAGAGGCUGGUGAGACCAAAGGAACUCCGGAGGCAUCUUAG